ACAGAAACAGAUGAAUGUCAGUCCAACCCUUGUCAGAACGGUGGGAUAUGCGUGGAUGGGGUUUAUAGUUUCUCGUGCCUGUGUUCAAGUACGUACACUGGUUCACUUUGCCAAGGUAAGGAAGCUUGCUUGCCGUGUUCUCUUGGAUUAUUAUUUUUUUUGAAUUUCUAUAUUAGCAAAGGAGGUAUUCAAUGUUGUGGUCGCGGUAUAGUAGUCUUCUUGGGUGUUGUUAAGUAGAUUUAAGGUAAAAAGUGUGUUUUGCCGUUGCUAUUCGUCGUCCAUAGAUCCGGCAGCGACGUCUUGUGUAAGCCAUUAUUCAGCUGGGCGAACUAGCAACGGAGAAUAUUACAUCAAAGUCAGCGGAGUAACUUUCAAGGUAAGUGUUUCUUCUCCUGUUUUGGUUCUCGUUAUUACCUGUGGCCCUAUUGGGAAUCUCUUAUAGUACAGGAAAAUGGUACAGAAAACGUGAGGAAAUGUUCAAAUUAGUGUUAAAAGCACGAAAUUUGGCAGAGGUAUAGAGGUCAAUAGCCUGAGCAAUUCUGGAUAGGACGGCACGUCCCAAACUGAAUACUACCAGUUUUAUAGGCAUGGAAUUAACUAACUGUUAAACAGCAAAAACAUUCUUAGAGUAGAAGCACGGGUCCGAAAUUUGUAAGAGCGAUAAAGUACAGUAUAGUGCACGCAGUACUACUCAUAGAACCACGCCCUCUGAGGGAUGCUUCCAGAGUUAUAGAUGAGGAAUACAUUAUGCAAGUAUCCACCAAAGGCGUGGUUCUACCCAUAGAAAUACACAUCGCAAUGUAGCGAACCACACUGACAUUUUGAAUCUUUUGAUUCCAUCUCAAAAAUGCCCUUUUUGUGACCUUUUUAUAUAAUCGAUUCUAUAGCUGUUUAUACAAUGAUGUGAAUGCUACGCGCGCUGUGAUUGGUCGUUGCCCAUGAUCUAUUAGAGUACAGAUACAUGGAUGUCGUCACGGGAAACUUGUUUUCUUUGUUUUGUUCAACAUGGCACGCGGUUUUGAAAAUGUUUGUGAGAUUAUUUCGGAUUGAGGCAAGUGAAAGCUUCGGAAAAAGUUUAGCAGGAGCUAUCUACAAAGAAGAAAAAUGGAGAAACGGAGACGAAAAAAGCUAUUGACUACUUGACAAUGCCUAAACUACAAGAAAUCUUCACAACAGUUGCCAUCGUGUGUCUUCGCUACGAGAGACUCGCUGUUUUGCAAAAUGUUUUCGCUAUUGUUCUUCUUUGAGCAAGAAAAGACGGUGAAAAACUUUUCGAAGAAACUGUACACAAGUAAGAUAAAGAAGAAGGUAAGAUGAAAAGUUGGGUUUGGGACUUAGAAAAUACCUAAACUAGCACAAAUCCUCAAAAGGUCAAGCGGUUCGAGGCAGGUAUGUGUAUCGGUCUUUUUCUUUUCUGAUCAUUGUAUAAAACAAAUAUAUUCCAUGUUGCCGUGGGUCUGUUCAGUAAUAGAUCACAGAGGACGUCAAAAUGUGGUAAAAACAACAGUGACACACUCGCCUGCGGCUCGUGUGCCACUUCUUUGUUUUUACGACAUUUUGACGUCAUCUGUGAUCUAUUACUGAACAGACGCACGGCAACAUGGAAUCUAUUUGUUAAAUAAAUGAAAGUACUUGAAGAAGAGCUUGGCGUCUUAUCUAGCAUUAUUCAUAACAUUAACACUUAUCCAUAUACAAUAGUGAAAGUAUGUACAAGCUUAAACAGUGCAUAAUUUAGGUAUUUUUAUUAUAACGUAUUCCUCAUCUAUAACUCUGGAAGCAUCCCUCAGAGGGCGUGGUUCUAUAAAUAGUACUGCGUGCACUAUACUGUACUUUAUCACUCUUACAAAUUUCGGACCCGUGCUUCUACUCUAAGAAUGUUUUUGCUGUUUAAAAGAUAAUUAAUUCCAUGGCUUUAAAGCUGGACGUAUUCAGUUUGGGGCGUGCCGUCCUAUCCAGAAUUGCUCAGGGUAUUGACCUCCAUACCUCUGCCAAAUUUCGUGCUUUUAACUUUAAUUUGAACAAUGUUGUACCAUUUUCCUGUACUCAUUGAAGCAAUUUUAACCAUUAUGGCUUGAUAGGUCGAGGAAUAUGUUUGUUAUUCGGAAGUGCUUUUCAGUUCGGCUGUUUACGGUCAAAACCUUGCUUUCCCUAAAAUCUGUAACUUUGAAAUCAUGUUACGCCGAGGUAAACCCACAAUGAAUUGGUUCUUUCCCCGCCGAUCGAUGUGACCGAUGGAUCAAAUCAAUGACGCUGAAUUAUAGACUGGCCGGUUUCAGCUCAGCUUCGUACAUCGAUUGGUCGUUAAGCCCGAGAGUGAAUUAACACCGAAAUAAUGCAAAAUGGCUUUGAAUGCUAUUUUGAAUGCUUCAGUGUAACCGUACUAAGGAUGAUGAAUCUAUCUUUUUCAUCCUAAAUGUAGACUGGUUUUUUGUGCGUAAUCGGGUAUUGCGGUACAUAAAUGAAAACGGGAAACGCUCAGCUGAGUUGAUCCUCAUGGUAUACAUUCACUUUCCUCUGUCUUUCCCUGUUAUAUCUUGUGCAAGUUAAACAAAUUGUUACAGUCAAAGCAGGUCAGGCGUUUCCGUCGCUAACGAACUAAUGGAUUCAUUAAUGGGAAAAUGAUUUCGUUAGUUGAUUCUAUAAUCCAUUCAUAAAAUGAAUAAUCCAAUAGUCAAAUUGGACCUUGGUUUAAUAAUUAAAUGUUGAUUUGGUUUAUCAACAAAAUCUACCUGCUGUUGAUUCUUGUCUUUUGUGUUCAAUCGUAUUUUCUUCCCUUUUCCUACCGUUCACGGCUGCGUUGUUCAUUGGCUUUUGUAAUCAAAAUAACGGCUAGCAUAGACAGACCGCAAAUUAAACGCAAAGAAACUGACAAAGACCGAGGAUCGAAAUCCACCAAUAAUCGCACAUACACUGACCUCAGCUUGACCAUCGUGUUUUCUAAGAGGUCAGGUCUGUUGCACUGAUAAAAGGGAGCAAAAUGGCGUACAUGUACAUGUGUAACAGUUUGUUUGGGUUCGACUCUUGGAAAAAAAAAAAGAAGAGAAAACAAAAUUCUGAGGUCGACUUGCGGAAAGUGUAGUUUUUCAAAAACAGUAAUCGAAUCGACAUUUGAUUAUUUAAUCGAGGCUGAAUAUGAAUUUUUGGAUUGUUCAUUUUAUGAAUGGAUUAUUGAAUCAACAAAAGAAAUCAAUUUCCCAUUAAUGAAUUAAUUAGUUCGUUAGCGUCGGGAACGCUUGACCUGCUUUGACUGUAAAGUACAAUAAAUAUCAACUCACCAAAAGGUUGAUCAGAAGGUAAAAUUUAAUUAAGGUUUCCUCGAAGUUUCUUAAGAAAAGAUAGCUCAUCCAGGGACCGCGGAGGGGGAGAGGCUGGUAGGGCUAUAGCCCUACCACUUUUUUGCUGGGAUUUAUUUUCUAGGGCUCUAGCUGACAUGGAAAAAAUUACCUGUGGAAUUAUUGGACUUUUCCCUAAAAGAUGCAUGGUUAGACUCUGUUGUUUUCGACGAAGGGGCGCUACCUUGGCAUGCAACUGAGUAUCUUCAGGGGCACCCAACGAGAAUAUAGUUCAAAACCACUUAAUCAUAGCAUUGUUAAACGCAUUACUUUUUAGUAUUUGAACUGUAGAUAUAGGCAUAUUUUUAUCCCCUAAAAAUAUUUCAUCUGUUCGGAUUUCCUAGCUGAAAGUAUAGUGAUUCGAAAAUUAUAGAGAUCAAAAGUUGCCUUUUCGAGAAUUUCAGCCAGAAAAAAGGCUCUCGAAAAUUCUUGGUGACCUUUUAAGGGUAAAAAUCCGUUAAAAAUGGGCCAUUAUACUAUUCUUUAGAUGUUCGAAAAUCCUAGGAGAGGCAGGCAAGCAAGAAAUUUUACAACAAAUUUUCCGAAAAUUCUAGAUCUCAAAUCGUCUUCCGAACAGAAAUUUUUCGAAAAUUGACGCUGGGUGCCCCUGUAUUUUGGAAGUUAUGUUAUAGGAGAAGAUGGCUGUCAGAAUGUUUUGACGAAAUCCUGUUGGCGCUGUCAAAGUUUCCAGAACCAGAAAAGAAGCUAAUUCAAAAAGCCCAAACUAUCUGUAAGCUGUCUGCAACCAGCGCUGCUGACGAACGUUCAUUCUCAUCUGCACGGCGUCUGAAGACGUGGCUUCCAUCCAGGAUGGGUGACCUAGCAGUGUUGAAUGGUCACAAGCGGAGAACAGACAGUGUCUCUAUAGCUACACAGGAGUUUGUUUCCCGCAAUAAGAAUCGCAAAAAGAAGCUACGGCACUUAGGAGGUUUAUUUAACAUAUUGCCUAUAUUGGAUGGUAUAACACGUAUGGACGUUUAUGUUAUACUUGUUGAGGUGGUAAAUAAGAUGGCGAGCAAAUGCACGAUAAAUGGAGAAACACCGCCAGAUUUUUUAGCCCUACACUGUAAUUUUCAGGGAGUUAUAAUAACUCCUCUAGUAGGGCUAAUUUAACUCCUUACAGUGGAGUUAUUUUUCGUGGAGUUAUUUUAACUCCAAAAAGGAGUUUAAAGAACUCUUUUUCAGCAGUAAAAGUGACCCCAGAUAUUGAGGAGUUAAAAUAACCCCAAAAAAGGAGUUAUCCUGUACCUAAAAUUUUUACUCCACUUUCAGAGUUAAAUUAACUCCAAAAAGAGUAAAAACAACCCCUGUAAGGAGUACAAGUAACCCCAUUUCGGAGUAAUUUUAACUCCAAGACUGGGAGUAAAAAGAACUCUUUUUCAGGAGUAAAAAUGACCCCAAAUUCGGAGUUAAAUUAGGAGUUAAAAUAACCCCAAAAAAGGGGUUAUCCUGUACCUAAAAUUUUUACUCCAUUUUUGGAGUUAUAAUAACUCCCUAAAAAUUACGGUGUACCACCUUAAAAUGGUCUCCGCGGUCCCUGUCAUCGAAUACCGAAUAGUUACGAAAUACCAGGAUUUUUGUCAUUGUGAUAGAUUGUUGCAUCGUCAUAAUUCGCGAGGUUCUCACGCGCGAUUCUACUCAAUGAACAGUCUUUAACCCUGACGACUUGAUUCUUUAUGUUUUCAAAGCCAUUGCUUCGUAACAGACCAGAGCCUUUUUUAAGGCUGUGGUUGUUACAAAACGAAACAGGUCUUCAUACGUUCAAGUUACUAUUAUUACUGUGAAAAGCCAAGUUGCAUGAGAUGCACAGUCACACAGCUGGCAAGUGAAAGUGUUGGUUUUUGCCCCUUUCGUGGUUCGUGCGUGAGGAAAUUCGAGUUAUCACACUGUAAUCUAGUAAACAGGAUAAUAAAAGUAACUCAUACGCGCAAUUUGCACGUGAAGAUGUUGGACUUUGCCACUUUUACAAUUUGUACUAACCUGAGAUCAGGCUCAAUUUUUGUUUCGCUCUCUUAAUAACUUUCCGGCGGGCAAGGCGAAACGAAAAGAGAGCCUGAUACAAACCUUUUCCGAAUCAGCCAACCAAAAUUACUUGCGUUCCUUGUUUUUUUAGUAUGCGAAUUUUCCAUACGUGGGAAAUAUGCAGACUCGCUGAAUAAAAUAAUAGCUUUUAUCUUUUAAUUUUUUCAACUGAAAAUAAAACAGUCAGCACAAUCACAUUUAGCUUCUUGCGAGAUUAAAGAAGAUCUCGAAGGUUAUUUCUGUUGGCGUAGAAGGUAAAAAGUUUUCGAAAAGAUUGCGACACCAGAUGUUCUAGUUUAAAUAUUUAGGCGAGCUCGAAUUUAAAAUACUGAAAUUUCUUUUUUCCUGUUGAUUUUAUAGUUUCGUCGACAAUUUUCCCCGAUUUUCAGUACAUAAAUCGUUAAAAAUCUUGGAAAAAUACAUCGCAAACUUUUUCAAAGCAUACAUAAAUUAUGUCAGAACAAAACCAAAGGAGUUCGGGAGUAACACUUGCAAUCUGGGAUUUUACCUAGAGAAACUAACGUCCAAAAAAAAUGUGUUUUUUUAUGAAUCCAUGUAAAUAUUAGCACUUUGGAAAGACGAAACGACACUACUAAAACUGCAUGUUCAACUGACCUAUAAACAAAAAGAAAAACAAUAAUUAUUACAAACACGUACACUUUGUAGUUCACUUCUCCUUUAAUUAGUUGUUGUAGUUUCACUGCAGGUCUGAAAAGCUCGCUAAAUUUAUGCAUCGAAAUUAACAAACAGCAAACAGCCAACGAACCAGGACACCAGUUUCCCAGGUUUAUUUUGUACAAAAAGCGAAGGUAAACAACAAGUCUUUUUAAUACCUUAAGACUAGCGCCCCUAGCUUUUAUGAUAAUGCCUACAAAAAUUCCUUGAAUAGCGAUAUGUUAUUUUUCACAGUUGGCGAUCGAGGUUUCUGUUGCAGUGAGAUGAGUUUAAGAUGGACAGUAUUUUGAUUUGCACUCGUUUGUUGCUAAAUUAAAAGUAACCCUGUUCGCAGUCAACAACUUGCAGAGGGAUUCAACUCCGUUAUACACUCACAUCAGUUCCGCAAAUAAAGCAAAUCCUGAGAAGAUAUGAACAACCAUCUGAAUUUCCUUGGCACAUAUUAAGGCAUAUUUUCCUACCAUAAGACCAUAAAAUAAUAAAAAAAGACAGCAAAGUCGAUCCUUCUCUCCGCCGACGGCGGAUCAUUCACGAAAACAAUCACGCGAUGAAUAAGAGUUUUCAACUUCCGUCGAUUCCAACAGCCAAUCAGAUCUGGUGGCAUUGUUUCAACAGCCAAUCAACGUUGCGGCCAAAAUCUGGCCGCAGUGAGCAAACUUGUGAGAGUUUGUAUCUGGCCCAACUUUUAGCGGUAGCCUUCAGAGAGAAUGUAUGAAAACCGCUAAAUUGGGCCUGAUCUCAGGUUAAAUUUGUACGUGAGAGAACGCGUAUUUGUUUACGAGAUUACUUUGCUCAAACUAUUUGAACAAAUCACCUCCUUUUCUAACAUCUGCGAUAAAAUUAUGCAUCAUUCAUUACUUUACUUCCAACAGAAUGAUUGUCAAAUUGCUGAAAUACUGAUUUCUACUCAUCUCAUGUGAUUCCACUAAAGAAAAAAAAAUUCUCUAAUUAUUUCGUCAAUGGCUACUUCCAAGUUUAUUCGCUAACGCAAAAGUUUCCCAUCUUUACUUAGCCACUUGGUAAAUUAAAUACUACGUUUUCAUUACUUUAUGUACAUACAAAAGAGUUCAUUACCUUCCACGAAAAGACCAAUAUGGCUGCCUACUAUUUUCGUCACAGAAAUAUGGCCAACGAAAUGUGACGUGACCUUAAAAAGCUCUUUUCUUAUCCUUUGCGUGCAAACAACUAAACAUUUAUCUUGGUUGUCUUAGGUGUACUGUGACAUGUCUAAUGGCGGGUGGACACUUAUUUCGCGAUUCUCAAAUGCUGACAAUAAAAACUGGAUGGAAUACAGCGGUGAUUGGUGGUAUGACCGAACAACAUCUUAUGGCAGCGUUACCAGCACAUCUAACAACUAUGACAUGAUAUCACCCGCAUUCUGGCUCGUUCGAGGAAAUUAUAUUAAAAUUACCCGCAAUGAUGACAACUCGCAUACCUACCUAUUGUACACUCCUAAUGGCUGCAUCGGCGGAAAUACCUUCAGAGGCUUUAUAACCAGCUUUGGUAAUUUCAGAAAUGGUAACAGUUGGAACAGAGACGCUUGCAGAAGAUCGUGUUAUUCACUUUUUGGGGGUAGUUACUCAUCCACAUGGGGUUUCAGCCAAGCUACAUGCAGCAGUAAUCUUAAGAGUAACAAUUACCUGUCCUUUUGGUGUGACUGGACUGGUGACGCAUCUGUGUUGAUGGUUGGUGGAGGUGGUAGUUACUGCAAGAGGUCGGACCAUGGCAUCGGCAUCACAGAGAGGGGCGGCGCUACGUUAGGCGCAUACAAUAGUUGUGACCAAGACUUUGGUGAUGACUGCGGCUAUACUAGUAGUUAUUCUCUUAAUCUGUGGAUUAAAUAGCUUUGUUGGAAAACUGUAACUGAAGUAGAGAGCACUAAAGAGAGUACAUUAGAAACGUAGUAGUUAUUUUUAAAGCCGAUACUGUAUACAAUAUUUUAAUGACAAUGUAAUCGAGGCGAAGAAAGAAUUGAUUUGAUUGUCGCUCAAAGGAAAUUCGUGAAUAACAGUGAAUUUUAAUUAAUUUUUCCUAUAAGUGACGUCUGUAAAAGUACGUUAUUCGAGGAAAAAAGACUACUGAUACUUCCUGAGGGAAAAGAAACCAAUAAAUUGAAUGAAGCCUUUCUAUAAAUGAGUGCAAUAAAAGGUUUUCAGAAACUUAGGAAAAGGUCCUUAAACAGCUAACUCUUAGAAGGUCGGAGGUAGCUCCGGCGCUUACACGACUCCGGCAAAUGAAAGCGGAUAGUCAACAAAGUUUUCUACGGUGAUUCUUUGCCCUGAAGUCAAAAACAUGCCUUAAACACCACUUUUGACCAACAAAUCAAUGAACGUUGAGAAUACAGCCGUCUCUCCUCGCUCAGUCUUUGCUGCUAAGAACCUAGCCUGAGACCAGGCUCCUCGGUGGGAGUUUGUUAAUCCAACGAUUUCUCGGGGUCGAUUAUAUCCUCGACGAAUAACAAUUCAAAAUGUUCAGUUUUAUCUGGAACUCGUUCAUCAUAAAUUAAUGCAUCCGUGCCUGUAAAAACAUCCAUGGAUGCAACCAUUUUACUUUUAAUUUACCAGGGGAGAUUGGCCCACUAAAUAGAACUUUUCCGGCGAUCCUUCUUCAUUUAAAGCAACCCUCCCCUUCCUUCUAACCUUUUAGUUUAAGUCGUUAUUUAAAUUUCUGCUUUAAUUAAAUGAAUGAUUACUGUGGCUUGUGAAAGAAUGAUGAGGGCAAAUAAUUUUACGCAAAAGUCAUUUAUGGUGCAUUGCAAAGGAAUAGACGCGAAUAAUUUGAAGUGUUAGUGAAGUCCGCGGCUUUCUUUGUCAGUAAAGCUUGUAACAACAGUAAGUAAUAAAAAAAAAUCAUUGCAAGAUCAUGCGUUCUGAAAAAUGUGACGUAAAGAAAGAAAACACAAUAACAAGCACUUGACUUUGUCCAUUUAUUUAUCUAUUGUUGUUAUUCCUUCUGAAUGUGUAAUUUGGUAAAAUUUGUUUUUGUCGCACCUCAGAGAAUGACGCGUUGUCCUUUUCUUGUAUUUUAGGCAAGAGAGGAUAAAGGGGACAGAGAAGGCAUCCCCCAUUCUUCUCGAGUUAUUAUCCCGAGGGGGAUUAGACAACAGCCAAUCACAUAGCGCGAAUGUGUUCUGCGUGGAUGACCCACGCUCAGAGCCACGCGUCCUUCACGAAUUGACGCUGAAAAAAUGGCGGAAGACGCGGAGAGCGAAAUUGCUACUGAUUCGUUUUGUCGACGAAAACGACUAAAGAGAGAUUUCUGCUAAAGCUGUGUCAGCGAAACGGAAAUUAAAAGAGAAUCGCCCUUCCUCUCAGUCUUGUAUAGAGCUAACAGUACGGCAGGGAAAUCCUUAACACACUGAAUAUUCUCUCAGGAUCAUUUAUAAUUUACAGUUUGAAGAGAGAAAUUUCUGAUAUUUAUUCUUUUAUUAGUCUUUUAUUAUUCAACAUAAAUAACACUUGGCGUCCUGCUUGCGUUAUUGUACAAACGACCGGUUUCAAUAGACCGGCGAAAUUUCUCAUGUUAUUAAAGCACUGAGGUUACGACAACUUCGAGUUAAACUGAUUUCACGGGUUGUCAAAGAGUCCAGCGAUUCCCUUUUCCCAGGUGAGGGCCGACUCAUUUUUUCGCUUCAAUAUUCAGAAAUGCUCUCGAUCUCUUUACGCUUUCAUUGCCUUUCGCCCGAAAUGUUUUGCACGACGUUAAGUCAUGCGAAACCUCCACGAAACAUCCACGCAGCGCGAGGUAACUUUAUCCCGAUUCUAAUAAUAACUCGAGACGAAUUACCUAUGGAAUAGGGUGUGUACGGGAGAUGCCUUCUCUGUCCCUUUAUCCUCUCUUGAUUUUAGGGUAUAUUUUUUUGCAUCGGUGAACGUACCUUCUUAACUCUGGUGUAUUUUACACAUGCCCUUGGAAGAAUUCUCGUUGUACUGCACCCAUAACCAGUGUCGGAUCCAGGGGAAGGGUCCUGGGGCUCCGGAUGACCCCCUCCCCGCAUCAGACUUGACGCUUGUUUGAGACUGGAAUUCUUACAUCGACAGGAUCGUAUAUCACUUUCUAACUGGCUGAUUUUUUAAUGAAAUGCUCGUUGCAUUUUGCCACUAAACUAAAUUCCAGGAAUAUUCAAAAAUGUAAUUGUUUGGGGUACCCUGCCAUGAUCUGUUCGCCUCUGCUCGCAAAGUAGAAUUCAAGCACACGGUAAGGGGCCAAAGAAUUAUAAGCUUAUAACGUGCGACCACUACUGGUGGGAGGGGGGUGGGGGCGAAGUAAUUUGCCACAAAAAAAGUUCAACAGUCCUUUCUGAACAAAGUUUGGACCCCCCAAUCAAAAAUUCCUGGAUCCACCUCUGAUAACCAUUUAAUCUAUAAAACUAUCCCUCUCUGGUACUAAGUUUUAUUAAGGGGAAGGCUUUAGCAAUCUAGUAGCGACCAACUUAAGUGUUUUGGUCAGUUAUCACUUUUGACAACAUUUUGUUCCCCUCAUCAUAUUUUUUUACAUAUAGCUGUAGAAGGCAUUUCUUUGAAGUGCGUGAUGAAGCAUCUCGAACAGGUUGGGCUUAGAAGAGGAUACUUCGGGGUUAAUGGUGUUAAUCUUUUUUUCUGCAUGAAGACCUGCACGCACGCCCUCUCUUAGACGUAACCCUGUAAAUCAAUGGUUCAGUAACGUUCCUACGAUUUGAUUGUCAGGCCUUGUAGGUUUUACGUACAAUCCCACAAUUUGUGCAUACUCUACAGUUACGCCUUAUAUAAUAUACCCCCUGGUGCGAAGCAGGAGAGUUGAAAAUGAAUCAUUUGAAAAGAAAUCUGUCAUCCUCCUUUGAUUUUGCUAAUCCAGUCCUGCCCACUAAAAGUUGGCAAUACUCCACUAUAGAAAACCGCCUUGACGCUUAUUGAUUUACAAUGACUGCCAUUCAUGUAUUUUUUUUUGGACAUUUUCAUUUUUUUUAAAGGUCAAUGAACAAUUAUUUCCCUAGAAUUUAAUGCUUAUCCUGACGUCACUUUCCUUCAUACUUUUAUUUUUGAAUUUGUUACCUUAUUGACCAAUUUCUAUAUUCUCAGUAGUUCCACCAAACACAUCACCAAUCUUUUUAUUACCACCAAAUACAUUUUUUUCUUUCACUUUUCUGUUCUUAUGUACUGUACUUCUAUUCCGGGUUGUUAAAAUGAUACAUUCUCUUUAGAUUAUACCCUGGAACAAUAAAUGAGAAUAUUUUUCAUGAUCAGUUGAUGUAAAUCGCUCUUUAAAUGGAAAACAAGGCGAGUGUCUCUCAGAGGUAUCGCAGAGGUAUUGACGAUACCCGAAGCGCACAAGUCAAGUCCCUAGCAGCUGCAUCUUCCUCUGCAAUGAUGGUGGCGUUCCCAGGUGCACGGAUAGUGGCGACGACUUUGAUUUUGUGUACAGCAGCGUUUCUGGCUGAAGGUAAGAUUUACACAGUUCCAUUUUUAUGAGUUUAUUCUAGAAUACAGUAAAGAAACAGACGCGAGUUACUCGAGAUUUUUAGGGGGUGGGGUUGGGGACAUCAAAACAGUGUUCAACUCGAGAUAAAACUGAAUAAGAAUGAGGCGCACCACCCGUAGCAGUAUAUUUUACCCUUAUUUUUACAAAAAUUUAAAUCCUAAGUUUGAAAAUUUGAGUUUGAUGUUCUCCUCCUUCUCUUUCACUGUAGUAUCAAGGGUCAUCAAGCAGUUUAGUUUACGCGUACUCGAAUAUCCUUUGUGACACUGCUGAACGGUUUCUUAAUAUUCUUAAAACUUUAUGGACCGCUUAACAAAAGUUCCGUCUUGUUGAAAAAAGUAGUUUGGAACCACGCAGAGGGGUCAGUUUAUAGAGAUUAGCUGUUAAUUUAAAAAAAUAGAAAAUAGCCUUUGACCGAACCGAAACGAACCGCCAUUCCACCUCGCUGAUUGUUCCAUAACCCAAUGCUCUAUAUACAAUUUUCAUUUCAGGACAAAGUCUCCUGCAGCAUGGAAAGGUUAAUUUCACCGUCGUAUCUCCAAGCCUGCUCCACUGCAAAACCGUGCAAUAUCCUCAGGUAUUUUCCAGCUCCAGUAACAUCCGUGUUCUCGCAUCCAUCAGCCAUGGAAACAAAUCGCUAAGUGUGCACGAUUAAGCAGUCGUUUGGACUUCAGAUGUGACACAGAACAGCUUCCGCAUUUGCGUGCUAGUAUAGAGUCAGGCCUUGGUACAAAUGGAUCUGCUGUAGUAAACUGGAUUGCGUUUCGUGGCACGCCUUCUGGCGCCCUCGACGGCGCCGCCUCCUUCAACGCGUUCACCAGCGGAACCAAAUGUGACAGAGUUGACUUUGCUCAGGUAUGGUUUCGAUGCAGAGUUGUUUUCUUUCUAAGCGUUCACAAAUUAUUUUUAGAAACCAACAGGGCUUCUUAGAACUGGUGAAAUUUUCCACAGAGUUAGCUACAUUGGGAGGGGAGCCGGGAUGCUUUCUCCCUACCCGUCCCCACAACGGCCAACUUGGGGACAGAAGAAAGUGGUUGUUGUGGAGAGGUGGCCGUUAGGGGGUAGAGGUGUGAUAUGACAAUCUUUUCUUAGGGAGUACAACAUGUUUAUUGUGCUUAGUUCAUCCUGACUAUAUCCCACAAUGGUAAUAAUCCAAUCAUAACCGAAAUAAUAAGUAGAGAUAAAAUACACAAAAUGGCUUGAAUUAUGUUUUGAAUCAAAAUCGGUUAAAGUGACAAAACGAAAAAGGUUCGCAAUGUUCGCUAUAAGUAUCGUUGACAAUUUAUACCUACUGCAGCAGUAUAAAUGAACAAAAUCAAAAUGUGAUUACCGUGAUCAAUCAUAACGCGCCAUAUGUAUCAAAUUUCAUGACCAUUCUUGACUUCAAUCGCUUAAAAAACCGGCCGUUGUCGAGAGGUUAUUUUGGAAGUUACAGUCGCGCUUUAGUGGCCGUUGCCGUUGUAGAGAGGUUUAAAUAAGAGUCAAUUUACGGACUGUCUGCCGAGACAAAAUAAGGUGGCCGUUGUAGAGAGGUGGCCGUUAAUGUAGGUUAGACUGUAUUGCCAUCAGCCUGUACAUGUACUGACAUACGUUUGACUCGUAGCCUUGGAAAACAGCCGAUAUUUCGCGACGCCACCACUGGUUUCCCCCCCAAAUGACGUCUAAGAAGCGAGCGCAGAAAUUCCAUACUAAUGACGCGUCACUACCCAGAUCUAGGUAGUCGAUCGUUUUAUCAGUAUGAAAUUUCUUUGCUCGUUUCUCAGACUUCAUUUGGGGGGGAAACCAGUGGUGGCGUCGCGAAAUGUUGGCUGUUUUGUCUGUUUUCUCAGGUUUUUUGACGCUUACAGUCGACUCCCGAUAACUCGAACCCUCGCUAACUCUAACCAAAAUCGAUUUCCCCUGGAUUUUCGUCAUACAUUUACUGUAAUUUUACCCUCGGUAACUCGAACCCCCGAUAACUCGAACUUCCGCUAACUCGAACCAAUUUUCGUUUUCCCUCAGGUCGUUUUCUAUAUUAUUUUACCCUCGAUAACUCAAACCAUGUUUUGAGCCCUUAAAAAGUCGGGAAAAAAGCCGUAUACUGGCGUCCGAAACAUUGAAUUUUGGAUUUCCUAUUGACGUGUUGUAGGAGUAUAGUUUACUAGUAGUGAUUGUCACAGGCUAACGUGAAGUAGCUUUUCUUCUCAAAACAGUAAAACGCAUGUUCUAUUUAGGCUAUCUUUUGUUACGUUACGUUCUGAUUUAUUUCUAGAAGUACCUUUUAAUUUUCUCUUGACAUUUCUACAAUUAUGUGAUUAAAAUGUUCACUGUGCAGUAGAAACUGUUUUUUACCUUACUUUCGGCUAUUUUCUUCGAACUCCCGAUAACUCGAACCUUUUUUCUAUUCCCCUAGAAGGUUCGAGUUAUCGGGAGUCGACUGUAGUUAGUUGAAAAUUUUUCCCACUACCUUCCCAAACUUCCACCUGGCGACCGUCUUUAUCUUCUUACUUUUGCUUAUAUAUUUUUUUAUCCUAUAGUUUGUCGUAAGUAAUUUCUAAUUUGUGGUGGAUUUUUCGUCCCCACCUUUCCUGAAGAGAUGUUAAUUAGUGAUUUUUACCGUUUUAUUAUUAUUAUUAUUAUUAUUAUUAUUAUUAUUAUUAUUAAUAAUUUUAUUUUUAUUUAAAACUCACGCUUGUAGCCAUUUAUCCUAAACAGCUGAUAUUCUUUUUUGGGUCAUCUCUCAUGCAGUAAACAAGUGCGGUGCGGUGGACCACCCCGCGGAGCUCUCCUGAUUUUUUAGACUCGCAAUAAAAAAAUUUUUGCUUCUUGAUAAACUGAUGUAUCACAAUCUUAAUCAUGUAUAUCCUACCCUAGUUACAAACUGUUCAACUUGGUGCGGAAAUUGCUUAUCACAAAAAUGGCAUAUUUUGAAAAGAUCCAUUUUGUCGGAGACUUUCUUACCAACAUUUUAAAUAGCGCUUUGAAACCGGUAAAUCAGCCACCGGAACCCCAUGCUACUUCACUCCUAACCCCGCCCUUUGAAGUCAUUACUUACGGCUAUAGCCCUCGGCUGUAGCAUUCAUUAAUGUAACAAGAUAUUAAAUGAUUAAACGUAACAAACAAAAAUGGUCAAUUAUGUUGGUUUACACAUUCUAUUUUCCAUAAUUGUCCUUGUGAAAUUGAAUAACUGACAGUAAGACAUUUCAGACCUUCAUGCCACUGUAUUGUGACGAUGAGGAGAGGCAGUGUCCUGGUUCUUCCAGUGAUACUAGCACUUUUCUUAGGAUCAAGGAUCUGUCACACUUUGAAAACGUAUGAGCAAAGAAAAGCAGGUUUGUGGGCCUUACGUUUACUUUAAACUGCUUUUAAUGCUUUUUAACUUAGUUAAUUUUGUAGUAGUAUAGCGCUAAGCUAACUUUCCGUGCCUUUAUCUCUAGGAUGAAAUAAUUUUGAAAUAGCUUUCGAUUGCUGGCAUUUUUAGAUAGGAUAACCUGUGUGUUCUAAAUGCGCGCGUGCUUUUGUCGGUUGCGACACUAACAUGAACAGGGAGCUUACGCAAACACGAAAGUGACGGCACCGAAAACGUCAUAAAGUGAAUUCACGCUUUUGAAGCUGAACUAUUGAUGUCUUCCAUUUGCUUUAAUUUGUCAAGUGUAGACAAUCUUUUCUGGAGCCGAAUUUUGGAUCAUAUCGAAGUUAAGAACUAAAAAGAAAAAAAAUUGUCCAAAUAACACAUAAAACAGAAUGAUUAAGCAUCAUGUUACGUGAGACAAUCUGACCUAAAUCGAUCUGCUAGACUGCAAAACAGCAUUUAUUUUUUUAGAAAAUAAAAGAAACUGUCGUUGAUUAAGGCUGUUGACUAUCUCUGCAUUUUCUUAGAUUUUCUUACUCACGCCCAAUACGGCAAACGUCAGAUUCAAGUUGAGAAUUUCUCAAAAUAGAAAAUAAACAAUUCAGAACAAUUCUAAUGUAUAAAAAUGGCGCACUAAAUUUUGUGUAAACGUAAUGAACAGUAAACAACAGUAAAGGGCCGGAAAGGGAAAGUUAAUCACGUGGUGCAAAUUCAAGUUUCCCGUUUGACGUAAACGUGAUUCUAAAUCUCUCUAUUAAAAUUAUGCGCAAAUAAUGUGUGUACAUGUCUAGCCCUUCCUUGAGAGAAUAUAUGGGUCUCCUCUAAUGAUAUUUAUUGUGUAGGAGUAACAAGCAAUGCUUCAAUAUACUCACACCCUAUUUUGCAAUAUCAAGAAGGAGGGGAAGAAAACAAAGAUGGGCCUAACCUUUUAGUUCAACAUCGCGUCAGAAAGGGAGUUGGUGAGUAAUUCCAAUUUUAACUGAGAUUCUCGAACACGUUAAUUUUUUUUUCUUUUAGGUAUUGGUCAAAGAAAAUAAUCAGAGUUGGUUUGCAAACUAAUAAUCAUCCUCUCUAUUUGUCUAUUUGUUUUAUUUUUAUUUAUUAUUUACUGUUGUUGUUUUUUUUUGACAAGACGAGAGGUUGAGCAACGACUUUACCCUGGAACAAAUUCAAUACAACUGUGAUCGUAAAAGAAGCACUGAUCUCUGGGGAAGCACUUGUAUUACGGCUUAGUUCUACCGUUCUAAAAAGUAUCUCAUUUUCGGAGUAUUUAGAUUGUUCCCAACGCCCUUUUACAACAUUUUCUCGGUAAAAACUGCUGUGAAAAUCAACAGAAACAAUAGAGAACUUUAGAUUCGAGGACGAGAACGACUACGAGUACGAGAUUUCAUUUAAAGUUUUGUCGCGUAUUGUCAAAAAAUAGACACCACGGAAUUCUUCAUUGUACUUUUUUUCCCCGAAAAGUUAGCACUGCUAUCGUUAUUGAAGAAGGUUGAGCCCUCUCCCGAUUGCAAAAUGCUAAAACUUUUAACGUUUGAUAACUUGUUCCUGCCACUGAAGGUGAUGUUACAAGAGACGAUUCGCAACGACGAUUUUUACCGCAACACCGCGUUGCAACUUUAUUGCGACGUUGUUUCGAAUGGUUACAAUCUUGUUCAAACAUUGCAACGACGCUGUGUUGCGCUAAAAAUCGUCGUUGUGAAUCGUCCCGUGUUCACGUGCGAGCACUUCUUACUAUUGAGAAAAUCUCGUACUCGGAGUCGUUCUCGUCUUAGAAUCUAAAGGCAUUUAACAACGAUAUUCCAGACGUUUUUGUUCAGUUGUUGUUGUUGUUACAGUGUAAUUAUUGUUUUUAUCGUUGUUGUCAGUUGCUUCAGUUUUUCGGUAUUGGCCAGACUGUUGCAACUUCAGGUAUUUUUUCCACCAUAGUUAAUGACCUGAAUGAAUUGAAGGACAAAGCAAAAAAAGCAAAUUCAGCUUACAAAUGGAUAAAAGAGAAUUGGAAGAAAAUUUUUGUGAUCAUUGUUGCGAUGUUUGCAUUGAUUGUUGUCGUGGGAAUCUACCGAAGGUGUUUCUCUGAUUCAGGGUAA